AUGGGCAACAUGAAAACAGCCCAACAGGAAUUGGAAGUGCCUCACAUUGGCCAAAGUCAAGAUAUACAUGUACCUAAUACAGUUCAUGAAGAGCCAGUGUCCCUGCCUCCUGCUUCAGCAGAUGCCACAGUUUUGGCCACUUCCGUUGUUCAGGUGGAUGUGCCUACACUAAGUCAUGAGCAUGCUAACCCAACAGUUCGCUCUGAUGUCUGGAAGAAAGGAGGUCGCUUGCUGUCUGCAUUACUGGCCAUUAAUGUUGGUCUGAUUGCCUGCGUGCUUGUGAGCAGUGGUUCCUUAGAAGAGGUUACUGUGAAGGAUACAGAUGUCCUUGCGUUACUAGUCAUUCUCAUGCUGCUCUCCACUGUCUGGAUGAUAUUCCAAUUCUAUUUCUCAUGCCGAAAAAAUGCAGUACUGUACAAAGACUCACACGCAGGACCUGUGUGGCUCCGAGGUGGUCUUGUGUUUUUUGGGAUCUGCAGUCUGGUUCUUGAUGUAUUUAAGAUAGGAUAUUACAUAAGCUAUAUUGAUUGUGAGUCACCAAUCAAGCUGAUUCACCCCAUGGUGCAGAGUGCUUUCAUCAUCCUUCAGACAUAUUUUCUAUGGGUCUCAAGCAAACACUGCGUACAGAUUCACACCAACAUUUCCAGAUACGGCCUUAUGUUGGUACUUAUAACAAAUCUCAGUAUUUGGAUGGCUGCAGUGACGGAUGAGUCUGUCCACCAGACCCGAGACCUGGAGGAUGACUUGAAUGACCUGACCAGCACAGUUGGGUACCAUGAUCACAGAGAUUCAGGUGGAGCGCAUGGACACACCUGCCGCUGCAGCAAUCACUUGUGCCACGUCUUCCAGACAGGAUACUAUUACCUUUACCCGUUUAACAUAGAGUAUAGCCUCUUUGCUUCAGCUAUGACAUAUGUCAUGUGGAAGAAUGUUGGCCGCAAAAUGGAUGACAACAUGCCAUCCCACCGCCCUUUUAACCCUUGUUUCUGCUUUCAUAGUAUCUUUGUGGGCCUUUUUCUGGGAGGAAUAGUCCUUCUUGGUGGAAUUGCAGCUCUUGUUACAUACAAAGUGCAUGUCAAUAUUCAAGAUAAAAGCUACCAGGCUCACAUUAUGUUCUAUUCAUUCAACAUUGUGGUCCUCAGCCUUAUGUCCAUGGGCUCACUCACUGGCACCAUCAUUUACAGAUUUGACAAGAGAGACAUGGAUGGACAUAAGAACCCGACUCGCACUUUAGAUGUGACCCUACUUCUGGGAGCAGCACUGGGACAGUACUGUAUCUCUUAUUACUCCAUAGUAGCAAUGGUUGCCACAACUCCUGGGGAGCUGAUUAAUGCUUUAAAUCUGGUUUACUCAUUACUCAUGAUUGUACAGCUUACAUUGCAGAAUACCUUUAUCAUUGAAGGGCUACAUAGAGAACCAUUCAGUGAUACACCUCCGGAUCCUCAUAAAGAACUUGUUUAUACAAAUGAAGAUGUUGCUCCCCCUCUGCAAGAAGGAGCAUCCCCAGAAUCCACAUUACCUGGCACCAAUGCAAUGGUUAAUGAAAUGCAAAACACACAAGAUCUUCCUUGGAACUUAAAAAGAAGACUUGUUCAGGAGAUUUCACUUUUUCUACUGCUGAGUAAUAUCAUACUUUGGCUCAUGCCGGCAUUUGGUGCUCGCCCACAGUUAAAGAAUAAUUUAGAGAUGAAAUUCUAUGGACCCACUGUAUGGACCAUAAUUACCAACAUCUGUCUUCCUUUUGGCAUCUUCUACCGCAUGCAUGGAGCUGCCAGUGUUCUUGAAGUAUUCAGAAUGUCCUAGGAUGUUUGGAUCUGAGAACACACAGGUUGAUAUGUGUGAGAUACAGAACUGGGACAAUGGAGAUGACACAUGGAGGAGAUCAUAGAAAUCUUGUUGGGGGGACUGGGAAAGACAGAACCUCACUGUACCCCAUUCAGAUGGGUUAAAAAAAGACACAAUUUCACUUAAAACUGUUUAUAGAAACAUGAAUGUAUUUAGUAUGUUGUGGUUUUGCUGCAAGAUCAGAACACCUUUAGCUUGUGUCUGAAAUCUCCUGAUUUGUGUCCUCUGAACGUGAUCUUUAUAUUGUGCCAACACUACAUUUCUACAGAUUUCAGUGGAUAUUUAUUGAAUAGUUCAGAUUCGCAGUAACCGAGAGUACCCAAUCAGACUUUGGCUUUCAUUGUUUAGAUCAGAGUACCCAACCAGUCAUUGACUUUCACUGUCUACUUGCCUUUGAGCUAAUUGCUAAUUCAUCCCUAUGAGUUAUUGCACGUUUGAAUUUAGUAAACAACUCCCAUUGUGAUUUGCAUGGCAGCAGGGUAGUUCUUGUCUACAUCUAAUAAAUGGGUGUGCCAGUCCAAAAAACUCACUGACAGACAAGUGCUAGAACAAACCUAUAAUUACAGGGCCUAAAAAAAGAUUUGUUUUUCUAGAGACUCCAUGAGUUCAGAAAAAAAUACAUGUCAGACAUGUUUAUUUCAAAGUGAUUGCUACAUAAUAACAUAUUCUUAUAGUUUGGCUAUGAUGUGCUAUUGCUCUCUUGAUGCUUAUGAAUCAUACUUGACAAAGUACAAUCAAAGAGAAAUGGAGAUGUACAGAUAAAUAGCUAUAUAGAAAUAACUUAUGUACAUGUUUUCAACAUAUACAAUAAAGUAAAACUAAAGGCCAGUACACACUAGACGAUUCGCUCCAGGAUC